AUGGAAGCAGAGCUCUCCGAGGUUCGCCAGACAUUUGAGACCAAUCUGUUCGCCGUCAUUACUAUGUGCCAGACUUUCCUGCCUUUGCUGAUCAAGGCGAAGGGUACUAUUGUCCAAAUUGGCUCUGUGGCCGGGAUCAUCCCGUACGUGUUCGGUUCUGUCUACAACGCCUCCAAAGCAGCACUGCACUCGUUCAGUGAUACUCUUCGCGUGGAGCUAGCCCCAUUCGGCGUCCAUGUCACAACCAUUGUGACCGGUGGUGUUCAAUCGCGUAUUGCGCGAACCGAUCGCACUCUCCAGCCGGGUUCUUUAUAUACCCCCAUUGAGACCGAGUAUCUCACUCGCGUGAAGCACAGCCAGCAUAAUGCCAUGCCGAACGAUACUUACGCCCGUAGCGUCGUUUCGCAAGUACUAUAUGGAUCGGCACCGUGGCGCUGGCUGUGGCCUUGGGCUCAAGGUCGUAAGAACUGGAUUUGGGAAGGUCGUGCUAGCUGGUUGAUUUGGACGUUGUCGGGAGGCUGGGCAUGGUCGGGACUGUUUGGUCGGCUCAUGACUAAAAUGUUCAAACUAUGGAAGAUCAAAAAUGCCUCAGGCAAAUAA